AAGAGAAAAAAUUAGGGUUUACUGUGUAACAUCUUUCUCUAUCGCCGGCGCCGGAAACCUAACUGAUCGGAACUCUUUCUCGCCGUCCGAUAAGGCCAUCGGAAAAGCUGUGUAUUGUGUUACUUCGAGCAUGGUAUAUUGCGGUUUUUGUACAGAGAGCAUCACUCGACCCGACUAUGUGGAUGGCAGAAUAUGUUGCCCCUUAUGUGGAAGAGUUCUUGAAGAAGAUAAUUUUUCAAAUGAGCCCACUUUUGUUAAGAAUGCUGCUGGGCAGAGCCAAGUGGAAGGAAAGCGUGUGAAGACUGUCCAAAGUGUUGAUUCAGCUUCACGGCAAAGAACAAUAAAUGAAGCAUAUUAUGGUAUAGAGAGUAUAAUGAAUGCAUUAGGAAUUGGCGGUGGCGAUUCGAUAGCUAAUCCAGCUAAGGCCUUCUAUGAGAUAGCACUUGAGAGGAAUUUCACGAAGGGGCGUAGGAAAGAGCAAGUUCAGGCUGCUUGUCUUUACAUUGCAUGUAGGGAAAGCAAAAAGCCAUUCCUACUCAUUGACUUCUCUGAGCACUUGAGGAUAAAUGUGUAUGUGAGCUUACUUCUGCAAGCAUCUUAGAAGUCUUUCUCUUUCAUUCUUCUUCUGAUAUAACACUUCUGCAUCAAUAAUCUUGAGCAAGAGCUUAAUGAUUCCCCUUCAGGUCAGGAGUUCUUAUCAUCCUGUUCAGUGUUAUGAUAUUCUAUAUAGCCCUUAGAUCCUUCUUGUAGUUAUAUUGUGAACCAAAUCUUAUGUGUGAAUUUUUUGUGGUUAGAGUAGAUUAGAAUAAUCUUGCUUCAUCUUUAGCUAGAAAUGAAAGCAGCCUUAUGUGAAGUAGUAUUUGUGUUGGAUUUGAGAAAGAUGAAGGAGUU